CACUAGCGGUGGUUUGCCGCCCCCCAAGCGUCACUUUCAAAUCUCUCCGAGAAGUUUGUUUACUUUCCAAAGUCGCACUUGAUGAGGGAUGCAGCUGUUUUUGAUUGAAUCAUGGAUUAUUUCAAUGGAAAUAAAGAGAUCUCAACUAAAGAAUUCCAGCGUAAGCUGUUUGAUUGGUUUGAAAAGCGUGGAUUAUUAUCAGAGCUGCGAGCGUUCAUGCGGCAUCGGAUGAUUUCAGCCCUGUACAGCUCUGAAAGCCCAUGUCCAGCUUCCCAUUUUUCUACAGAAACAGCAGUCUCUCCUACGCUACAGGCCAUGCUGCUGCUUGUUGCUGAAUUUUUGGUGCAGCAAGAAUAUCAUUACACCAUGUCUGUGAUGGUGGCCGAAGCUCCCUUACUGGCAUCUUUCCCCAAAUUCUCUGGAUAUGUUUCAUACAUGUCUCAGACUGAUACCAUCCGAAAGGGCAGUAACUUUCCCAGAUAUUCGGAAAAAGAUGUGCAGGAAAUUUUAGAAGUCCUUGGAAUGUCUUCUAACUCUGAAAGUAUGGAACAUGUCCUCCGUCUGUACACAAACAACAAUGCUCGGGAAUCAUUACUGGCUUGUGUGUUGACUGCGUUAUCAGCUAUUGUACAAAAUUGCUCUAAUGAAACCCACAAGCAAAAUAAAACAUCCAGAACCAGGAUGAGGAAUAUCAAUGAUGUUGAUGAUUCUACUCAGUGGAUAGAAGAGAUAAGAUUGAUAUUGCUAAGGGCUCAGUUAACUUCUGGUCAACUUCAACAAGUAGAGGAUCUAAUUCGCAAGCUUCAUGCUGACACUGCCAAUCGCACCAGAAAAGAAGAAAGAGAAAGGAACAACAAACUCAACCAUGUUCGAGAGCAGGAAUUGCUUGCAGCAGCAUUGGUCCGCGAAGAAACUUUCCGAGCGCAAACUAAGGAAGCUGAUGAGGAUCUCAGAGGCAAACAAAAGCAUCUAGAGCAAGUUUCACUUCAGCUUCGACAGCAGCAUGAUGAAGUGUUAAAUAGAUUGACAAGAGUACAGAAACAUGCUGAUGAAGUAAAGAAGCAAGAAAAUGAGCUUGCUGAGAGAGAGAAAGCUCUGGAGAGAAAACAAGCAAUGAUUGAGGAAGAGCAUCAUACCCUUAGUGCUCUGAGAGCAGAAUUGCAAGAUGCUGCUCACUCCUUGCGUCAGGAACACUCUGACACUAAAACAAUUUUUGAAUUGAGCCGCCUUCAAGACAGAUGCCUUCAUCUUGAAACAGAAUUGAAAGAAACAAGAAACCAAUUAUUUGCCUCCUCUAUUAAUCGGAUUGAAAGGGGCAUCCAAGCAACUGAAAUUCCAGAGCCCGAUCUAUCUAGCCCUCAGAAAGGGUUGGAAACAAAUGCUACUCGUCAUGAAGAACAACACUCAUCAGGCAGUUCUUUGUGUUCCAGUAUUGAAAAGCCUCCAGGAAAGAGAGAGAAAAAUAGUCAGGUGACUCUAUUGAAGAGAGUUCUUCAACGUAUUCAGCAAGAAAAUACGGAGCUUAAGGCUAUUGCAGCGCAACAAAGGAGGAGAAUCGAUGAGUUAACUUCAAGAGCUACUCAAUUGGCAAACUAUGUUGCUGAACAGUCCGACAUUCCUUCAUUGGUGAGAGAAGAGAGGCUUUUUCAAGUGCCUGAAAAGCCAACACAGCCUCCACCUCUUCCACCUCGUUACAUUGGCAGCAGAGCUCAGAGUAUGCCUGCAGGGGAUGUGCCUGAUGCUGCUACACAGCAAUCUUACAUUCCUCCUCCUUACUCCCCUCGAGUUCAUGGGAAAGACUGGCGAAGGAAACCUAAACGGUCAAUGCAGCUUAUCACUCAAUCAACUAGUCUGAGCUCUGACGAAUCACCAACAGAGGAAGUUCUGAGGGAAGUUAGAAACCGACUUAAGAAGCUGGAAGAGGAAAGUGAAGUAGUUGAUCAAAGAUACAGAGACUUUCGCGCGCGUCAGGCUGAUUGCCUGAGUUCUAGUGCACCAGUGAGUUUUGCUCCUAGAGAACAAAUCCCAGCAAAGCUACCUACGGGCCAAUCCUUCUCAGAUGCUCAUAAUCUGAGCACAGGUGCAACAUAUCCCUUGCAUCAGGCACAAUUUCCAUCACCAGUACGCUAUGGACCUCCUCAUACAUCUGCUGUAAGAGCGCCUACCUCAACUGUGUCAGGCCUCACACCCAAUUUUUCAGUAUUUCGACGAUCUCAAAUUCCAAUGCCAGAACGGUCGAUUUUCUCCCUCUCUCAAAUGGGCAAUCCUUCUCACCUAUCAGAGACCAUGUCAUCUGUUCCUUAUUAUUCUUCAGCACUAAGAAGAUCUACCGACGGAUUCAGAAAUCUUAUUGGCAGCCAGUCAAGUUUCAUGAGAAGCUCCUCAACUCGAAAUGUCACAUCUGAGACCAAUCAAAGUGUUCCACCAGUUCUUCCUACUCGAGAGAAGAAAGUCAACUUGCAUGAACUAAAAUCAUCUCAAGAUGUUAAAAAAAUUAGUUUGAAUCCUAUAUCAGAUAAAACAGUUUCUCAAGAUGUAAGUGGUCUACCUGAACAACAAGAAAUAUCCAAUAGGACUUGUAAUAUAGAUGAAGAAGCUACCAUUUCAAGACUCCAACAAGUGUCAAUUUUAAAUCCUUUGCCAACUAAUGAAGUUCAUGAUAGCUCAAACAAACAAAUGAUGACAAAUAUUUCAAUUGAUUUAGUUGAGCCUCAUGCGUCUUUUUUAAAUGUCGAGCAGCCCUCCGGUAAGCCGGUCCCUUCUCCAAAGGCCCCAGUUACCCAAACUCAAGAGCACGUUUCCCUCAUGGUCCCAGAAAAUGCCUUUAUAGUGCCUCUGGUACCAAUGGUUGAAACAGAUCAACUUAGUGGAGGGGUUGAACCUCUUCCUUCUCCACAUUUAGAAAAAGAAAAUGUCAUCGAACAUCAUUCAGCCUUAGUUGAGCAACCAAACCCACCCCAUGCACAAGCUGGUGAAAUAAUGCAGAGUCCUGAGCGUCAGAAGACCAAUUUUGUUGAUACAACCUUGAAUGAAGUUUCCACCUUGUCAUCUUCAGCUGGUGUCUCUAUUACAAACGCUGGUAGUGUAAAAGCUAAGAUUACUUCUGGUAUUACUGUUUCAUUUGAUGAAGGUGACCAAGAAACAUUAAAAGCAAGUGCCCCGACUUCUGCAAUUGUUGAAAAUAAAAAUGUUAAGGAAGUGCAUGAGACUUCUAACUUUUCGCCUACUCUACUACAACAUAUUGAAGCUGAUAGCACUAUUCCUGGAAGAGCCAGCCAGUUGCUGAAUACCUCUCUGUCUAGCAUUGAAAACAGUGAGAGGAAAGUGUCAGCUGGAUCUGGUGGGAAGGGAACUGAUGAUGAUGAUGACUUCUGGUGAUUGUUCCAUAUGUGCCCUUGUUAAUGCAUCUUGGUGUUAGAGAUUUAAAAAUAGGUAGUAAUUGUAUGUAGGUGGAUUGAAAAGAGUAGGAAAAUAUUUUUUAUAUUCUAUUUGCAAGUGCUGAUGUUAUCAUUAUCAUUCACUGAAACAAAUCAUGGUUGUGUCAGAGCAGAUAUUAUUGUCGCUCAAGAAUCAACAGUGUUUUCCUUGUAUAAAUACCCCUCUGUAUAUUGUAGAAACAUGGUAAAAUCUUAUAGUCUGUUAGAAGUGCUUUAUCGUUUCAAUAAAGUUAAUUAAUUUUCCAGAAAUUGUGAAA